AUGUCUUACCCCAAUUACACGCUCGUUCCUGUGGAAUCGGAGGACCUGCCGGUUCUGGCACAAUUUCUUCACUCCUCGAAGCAGGCGCUCAGUAUCAAUCGUUUGAUUUUCCUCGACUGGCCUAAUGACAAGAUCCAAAUGAGAAUGUACUCGGGGGCUGUCAAAGGCGGCUUCGAGGACCCCAGCAUCAAGAACUUCAAGGCGGUCGAUAACGACACCAAGGAAAUCAUCGGAUACAUUGCGUUUGCGAAGAAAGCCGUGGCCACGAAAGAGGAAAUUGAGGCGCAAAACAAGAACUUUGCAGAACAGAAGACUCCCGAGGGAAUAAACCCCCCCCUCUUUACGCCGAGAAUUGAGCUGCAGAGACGUGGAAUUGGUUCCAGUCUGGUGAAGCUUGCGACCGACCAGGCUAAGGAAGAGAACAUUCCUUUUACAGCUUUUGCCGAGGCGCCUGCUUUAGGUUUCUUUGAGAAGCUGGGAAUGCAGGAGACCAGACAUGUGGAUAUAGAUCUGCGUAAAUAUGCUGCGCCGAACUGCGGAUUUGGACCUUUCCGAUUGACCGGGAUGAUUUUGAACCCUUGA